AUCCUUGGCGGAGGCAACGCAUACGGUUCAGCAAGCAUUGAAUAUCGCACCAAUCUCUCCGUGCCUCUUCAGGCAGAGAUUGCCCAAGUUUAUGAGCUUUCCUUGCAGAUAGUGUGGCGUAUUGCAGUCGGGUUUGCCUUAUUCGGGUUUCUCCACAGUUUUGGAGCUCGUCAGCUAGAACUCCGGAAGCAUGUGGCAGGGGAUUUC